GCAGUAAUGUGAAGUGACGAAAAAAAAUAAAAAGGACACAGCGCUCUUUGCGCCGCCAACCGCGGGGCGCCGAGCAGCGGCCGGCACUACAGGGUUGGGUCAAAGGCCCCGGGACAAGAGGCCCUCGGGGCGCAGGCGCACGGGGCGGAGGCGACUGCUCCCCGGACCCCAACCUCGCCUCGUAACAGCCUCUUUAAGAAGGGGAGCCGCAGGCAGCCCGGGUGACGCUCACGUGACUCGGCUCUGUGCAACUGCUGGCGGAAGUGGUCCAGCCUCUGCGACCCGAGCGGGGUCUCCGGCGCCCUGCGGGGCGUGCAACCUGAGCGGGCACCGCCGGGCUGCCCCGGAGCCGGUGGUCGGGAUGGUGCAGCUCUACAACCUGCACCCGUUCGGGUCGCAGCAGGUGGUGCCCUGCAAAUUGGAGCCCGAGCGGUUCUGCGGCGGAGGACGCGACGCGCUCUUCGUGGCGGCAGGCUGCAAGGUGGAGGCUUUCGCCGUGACCGGACAGGAGCUGUGCCAGCCGAGGUGCGCCUUCUCCACGCUCGGCAGGGUGCUGUGCCUGGCCUACAGCGAGGCCGGAGACUAUUUGGCAACAAUUGAGGAGAAAAACAAAGCUUCUUUUCUACGUGCCUAUGUGAACUGGAGAAGUAAAAGGACUGAAAACUGUCGUGUGUGUAUCCGAAUGGUUGGACACAAUGUGGAGGCACCUUUCAGUGAAACCUACAAAGACCAGAUGUCUAUCGUUGAAAUGCCACUUUCUGAGGCCCCCUUGUGCAUCUCCUGUUGUCCAGUGAAAGGAGACCUUCUUGUUGGUUGCUCCAAUAAGUUAGUCUUAUUUAGUUUGAAGUAUCAGAUCAUUAAUGAAGAAUUCUCAAUAUUGGACUUUGAACGUUCUUUAAUUAUACACAUAGAUAAUAUCAUUCCUGUUGAAAUUUCUUUUUGUGUUGGUUAUGUUGCUCUCAUGUCAGACUUAGAAGUCUUCAUACUAAAACUGGAGUCAGACCCUAAAAAUGGAGAGAGUGUUAACCACCAGCCACAUAAGACCAACAAUUCAAUGAAACAGACAGAAGAUGUCAACAAUGAAACUUUGCAGCUUGAGUCAGAUGACUUUGUUAUCUGUCAAAAGCCCAUGGAACUUCUUGGGGAAAAAAGUAGCCAAUCUGGAAUAUCUGUUACACUGGAGUCCACUGGAUUAGCUGAUGAAAAAACAAACUAUUACCACGUUCAGCAUCUGCUCUAUAAACGUUUUGCUCCUGAUAUUUCCUCCUAUGUCUUUUCUGAUGACAUCAAGUUACAUUCACUUCAGCUGCUACCCAUUUACCAAACAGGUUCCCUUACUUCUGAUAGAAAAAAUUUGUCUCAGGAAAAAGAGUUGCUGAGUCUCUUCUGUUUCUUCUCAUUACCUCACGUGGGCUAUCUCUACAUGGUUGUCAAAUCUGUUGAAUUAAUGUCAGUUUACCAGUAUCCUGAGAAGUCUCAGCAGGCGGUGCUUACACCACAAUUUUUGCAUGUCAUCGCAAGCAACAACCUACAGUGUUUCACAGUGCGGUGCAGUGCGGCAGCAGCUCGUGAGGAGGAUCCAUACGUGGACACCACCCUGAAGGCUUGCCCACCUGUCAGUAUGGAUGUCUGUGCUUUAAGAAUACAGCUUUUCAUAGGCUUGAAAGCCAUCUGUCACUUUAAAAACCACCUCAUACUUUUGACCAAGGCAGACCCUGAGGCUGUUCCAGAAAGAAGAGAAUCACCUAAGAGGCUUCUUUCUAGAAAAGGAACCAGUGGUAAGCUUAAAACACCGCCUGUAGCUGAGGCUGGGUGGAAUUUGUAUAUUGUGGAUACGAUCUCACCAGUGCAACUGUACAAAGAAAUGGUAGACUACAGUAAUACCUAUAAGACUGCAAAAACCCAGAGCUGUAUCCACCUUCUUAGCGAGGCUCACCUGUUAGUGAGGGCUGCCUUGAUGGAUGCCAAUAAUUUGGAACCUGGAGAAAAAGCGGAGCUCUUGGAAGCAUUUAAAGAAAGCUGUGGGCACCUUGGAGACUGCUACAGCAGGCUUGAUACCCAGUAUUCCCACCUCGCCUUACCAUAUUAUAAGAUGUCUGGUUUGUCUAUGGCUGAAGUUUUAGCCCGAGCAGACUGGCUACUAGAGGAUGGAUCACAGAAAUACGAGAGGGGACUAAUCUUUUACCUUAAUCAUUCACUUUAUGAAAACCUGGAUGAAGAAUUAAGUGAAGAAUUAGCAGCAAAAGUGGUCCAGAUGUUCCAUGUAGCUGAGCCAAAGCAACUGCCCCAUAUUCUCUGUAGUCCUUCUAUGAAGAAUAUUAACCCUUUAACUGCCAUAAGCUAUCUAAGCAAGCUGGAUACUUCUGGGUUUUCAUCGAUCUUAGUGGCAUUGACCAAAGCAGCAAUGGCUCUGAAAAUGGGAGAUCUUGACAUGCACAGAAACGAAAUGAAAAGCCAUCCAGAGAUGAAGUUGGUGUGUGGCUUCAUUCUGGAACCCCGGCUAUUGAUUCAACAGAGAAAGGGACAGAUUGUUCCAACCGAGCUUGCAGCACACUUGAAGGACACUCAGCCUGGCCUGCUUGUGGCUUCAGUCCUGGGCUUACAGAAGAACAACAAAAUUGGAGUUGAAGAAGCAGAUUCCUUCUUUAAGGUGCUUUGUGGUAAGGACGAAGACAUCAUUCCUCAGCUCUUGGUAGACCUUUGGGAAGCUCAGCUCUUAGCAGGUCUCCCAGAUGUGGUUCUCCAGGAACUCUUUUUCAAGCUCACAUCACAGUACAUCUGGAGAUUAUCCAAGAGGCAGCCCCCUGACACCGUACCACUGCGAACAUCAGAGGAUCUGAUUAAUGCCUGUAGUCAUUAUGGCUUAGUUUAUCCUUGGGUUAAUGUCUUAAUAUCAUCCGAUUCCUUAGUGGAUAAAAGUUAUACAGAAGACCUUUCAAAAUUACAGUCUCUUAUAUGUGGUCCUUCAUUUGACAUAGCUUCCAUUAUUCCAUUCCUGGAGCCACUCUCAGAAGACACUAUCGCCGGCCUCAGUGUCCAUGUCCUGUGUCAGACGCGUUUGAAAGAGUAUGAACAGUGUAUAGACACAUUGUUAGAAAGAUGCCCGGAGGCGAUCAUUCCAUAUGCUAAUCAUGAACUGAAAGAAGAGAAUCGGACCUUGUGGUGGAAAAAACUGCUGCCUGAACUUUGUCAUAGAAUAAAAUGUGGCGGAGAGAAAGGUCAGCUUUACCUGUCAUCGUUAAAAGAAACAUUGUCAGUCGCUGCUGUGGAGCUAGAACUACGAGAUUUCCUGAAUGUCCUCCCAGAAGAUGGCACUGCAGCGUUUUUCUUGCCUUAUCUUCUUUAUUGUAGUCGAAAGAAAUCAUUGACUUGAAGGUAUCAUUUGGAAAAAUACCACAAUGCCAUUGAAGACUGACUUUAAAAAAAACAACAACGGAAUAUCCAGUAAAAAUGUAAAUAAAGGAUUUUCAUAUCGAAUAAG